AUGUGGAGGAGCCUGUCCAAAUAUGUCUGUGUCUUCUUCCUGCUGUCCGUGUCAGGCCUAUUUUUCCUGUUAAGCAUCAUCAACGUUCUGGAGCAGAAUCUGAACUGCCAAACAGUGUCAACAUUAUACCAGCUCCAGAGCAGCGUCCACACAGCUUUCUUUUCAGAGGCCCCUUUUCCUCUGGACCGCAACCAUAGCUACUGUGGCCUCCUGGGCCAGGAGCCCUUACCCGAGGAGGCUCUGGAAGAGCGUUACCUCCUGCAGUCCAUCGCCUGCUUUUUUGUGAUCUUGCCAGCAAGGGGCAGGAGUGAGUGGUAUGUGGGAGACCAGCUGGAGGCUUUUGUCCAGAUGUACGAUUUUCAGGGGCAUCCCAAGAGCCAUGGUGGAGACUUCUUGCUGGCCCGACUGCACUCCUCUGAAUUGGAGGCAGGCGUUGCAGGACAGGUGYUGGACCACAGGAAUGGGACCUACUCUGCCAUUUUCCCAUUACUAUGGCAAGGGACUGCACAGGUGGAGAUGACACUGGUCCAUCCAAGUGAGGCAGUUCAUGUUCUACGACGGUUACGAGAGGAACGGCCCGACCGGGUUUUCUUUAAGAGUCUCUUCCGCUCUGGAAAACUGUCCCAGACAACUUUAUGUAACUUGUGUCUGCCAACAAGCCAGAAGCCACUGUGCAAUUACACAGACGCCCACACGGAGGAGCCCUGGUACUGCUACAAGCCCAAGCUGCUGAGUUGUGACACACGGAUCAACCACUCAAAGGGAGGCUAUGUGAAAGAUCUGCUCACCAACAAAGAGAAAUUGCUCUUCCAGAGUGGUGUAAACAUCAAAGUUCACAUUCAUCCUUCAGGGUCUGACAGUGUCACUGUGCUGCCUGAGAAAAAAGACGAAGCAGACGUGGAGAGAAGCAGCAUGAAGAUGGAACCUACCAGAAUCACUCCUUCCGGGUAUUACUUCCAAGGGUCAURGCGAGCGCUGACUGGUGGUGUAAUACGCCAGUUUAACGACACCUCUGCCAUUACUCAGUGUCUGAAGGGCAAGGUGGUGUACAUGUAUGGAGACUCUACUGCCAGACAGUGGUUUGAGUACCUCAACGACUUAUUACCAGAGCUGAAGCAGUUUAACCUUCACAGUCCUAAGAAUGUGGGGCCCAACAUGGCGGUGGACAGCAUCCACAACACCCUUCUGAGGUACCGUUGUCACGGUCCUCCAAUCCGCUUCACCAAUGUCAUCGCCAGUGAGAUGCGCUAUGUAGCUAACGAACUGGAUGGCCUGACUGGUGGGUCGAACACUGUGGUGUUUAUUAGCAUAUGGUCCCAUUUCAGCACCUUCCCUGUGCAGGUCUACAUUCGCCGACUACGCCACAUUCGGCGGGCGGUGGUGCGGCUUCUGGACCGGGCUCCGGGGACCAUGGUGGUGUUGCGUUCAGCCAACCUCCAGGCCCUGGACCCGGAGGUGAGCCUGUACAAUAGUGACUGGUACUCAUUGCAGCUAGACGGGGUGCUCAGGGCCAUGUUCAGGGGUCUGGAUGUCUUGCUGAUAGACGCCUGGGAGAUGACCCUUGCCCACCACCUCCCCCAUGCCCUCCACCCUCCCCCCAUCAUCAUCAAGAACAUGAUAGAUAUUAUCCUCUCUCGUAUCUGCCCAUGAAGAGCUAACAGAUUCUGGGCUGGAUUCUGUAUCGCUUAAAUAUCACGGAAGAUCCACGUAAGAAUGUUGYCUUAAUUUCCAAUUGAUCUCACAUAGGCAGUGUUUAUUGUGAAUGCAGUCUCCUCAACCCUCGGGAACAWUGCCAUUAAUUGUCAGUCGCGCUAUAAAGCAGAUCUUCAGCGCUACGGAUUGAAUAGAGCCCUGAGUGAAAUGAUAUGUCAGAUUUCUCCAUUAGUCAACACRUAUACAUAUUAAAAAAUGUCUAGCAAUUCAAAUUUUACCUACCGAACGUUCUGUUGAUUUAUCUUUUUCCAUGUCAGGCUGAAUGACCUGUUAUGAAUGUUACUCUCUCAAAUGUAAAGAAUUACCUGCACAUUUGUCUGUGAAGAUUUGCCUUAUUCUCAACUCCGGAGCAUUUAACCAAACUCAAAUGUUCAAACAUAUAACUAAGAGGGAAAUCACACAAACGAAUAGGUGCGUAUCCUGAAACUGAGAAACAAUAGAACACAAACUUCCAGACACAUAAACACAAAAGUGUACAUGUGCACACACACACGUGUGGGCACACACACAGACAC